CGAGCGGCAAAUGCUCGUCCGGAACCCAAAUAAAGGUUGAUUCACUCGCUGCAUGGAUGUAUUCUUAGGAUAAAAGCAGGUGUUUGGGUUGAUGCGAUGAGUUGCGAAAGCUUCAACGACGGGGAGAUGAGAAUGCGUCAUAAACAUUUGAUUGCUUGUCAAAUUUGGAAGACAUCUCCAAAAGCCUAGUUCGAGACAAACCAGCACACUUAUCUAUGAAAUCAAGGAAACAGCAACUACUUAAUGGUGCUUUUCGUGUGGAUAUCAAUGCAACCAAUGAACGGCUAUCGAAACGGCUCGACAUUUUAUUGAUCCUACUGUUAGCCAUGGCCGAAUGCCCGCCUCCUGAAGUCAACAUUAGUGUCCUAAAUCUAUCAACUCCCGAAGACCAUCUGCAACAAGCAUCCAAUGAGCAAGUGGAACGACUCAAAUUCAUCGCCUAUGGCAUAAUUAGCUCUGUCAUCAUCGCUCUCGGCAUUUUGGGCAACACCAUUAACCUGGUUGUUCUCACUCGACCUAAUUUGAAGGGAGUCACCUUCGUCUAUCUCACAUGGCUGGCGAUCUCAGAUCUCAUGUCUCUGGUAGUCAGUCUCUCUUCCAUGUUCCGACUGCAUGGCAUGCAGCCCAGGACAUAUCUCGCCGCUGUCUACUACUCACACGUCGAAAUGCCACUAGUUAACGCCUUCAUGGCCAGCAGCGUUUUCCUGGUUGUAGCUCUUACGGUGGACAGAUACUUCUCUGUAUGCUUACCCACACGUUUCAAAGAAGUACACAACUCUCAGAGAGCUAGGAGAUCGAUUGCCGCUGCCUACAUAUGUGCAUUUCUACUAUACAUCCCCGUUUGUUUUCAGAAGAAACCUAUUCCUGUGACCACAGGUAAUCGUACUGAAUACAUAGCUUGUGACAACCUGGCCGUGGUAGGUCAUACUGCUUUCAAAAUUUACUUGAUGGUGAAGGAGGUUUUAGUGAGAUUGGGACCCGUGGUGCUACUGGCCAUCCUCAACACUACCAUCAUAGUCACAUUCCGGAAAACUCUAAAGAAGCGUCGAGAUAUGUUAGGCAUGUCCAGCUCUGGACCUGUUCCAUCUCACAAGAAGUACAGGGAGGAGCAGAGACUAAUCAUUUUGUUGGCGGGUAUAGUGAUCUUGUUUUUCAUCAGCAUGACGCCUGCUGCGGUUCUAACGAUUUUGAACAGCGACGACAAAGAAUUUCACUUCGGUUUCCAACUAUUCCGGGCCUUUGCCAAUACUUUAGAACUUGCCAAUUACGCUAUGAAUUUCUACGUCUACUGUAUGUGCAGUUCUGAAAUUAGAAGGACAUUUGUAGCACUUGUCACUUGUACUAAACCAACACCAAAUGUGAGUUCUGCAAGUAGCAAACCUUCUGUAGAAAGUAAUAACAAGUAUUAGCCUGUGAAUUUCUAUACACUACCUUCUAUUCAACUGUAGUUAAAAAGAACAAAUCUUGAUUCUGCGACGUUUUAGCUGUACACCAAACCUCUAUAUUUUAUCAUGUCUGAAUAGAAUGCAAUGAGACCAUACAUUAUAGGAGUGUUUCGCUGGACAAUUUAUUGAAUUUGAAACAACAUACGUCGCACAUAUAAAAUGUGUCAAAGAGAGCAAAUAAUUUUAUUGGCAGUUUUAUACGCUUUAAGAAUAACAUAUUUUUCAAUAAGGUUACUUUAGAAACCGUGCGUUAAUUCGUCUUUCUGCUCACGAAGCUCAACAAUGAUGUAUGCAGUCAAAGAUAUAGAUAAUUAAAAAUUGAAAAAAUAUUAUUUUAUGAACUGUGCUAUUUUCUCCGGAAUCAAAAUUGUUCACUAUUUCAGUUCUAAAACUUCUUGACUGGUAUUAACAUUGUAAAGAAAUCUACUAACCUAUGAAUUAUAGUGAAUGUGAAAUGCGUGAAUAGUGAAUCGAUAACUUGCAGAAUUUCAACAAGAACACAGGAGUUUUGUAGAAACUUGUUUGAUUAGAAGCCAUUUCAACUGGCCGUGUACUUCGAUAAGAAACAUGAAAUCGGAAAUCACAAUUUAUUGUUUAUUUGUGCGACGUGAUAUCAUUCAAACUGAAUGUAAAAUCGACGAAAAAGACUUUUUAAGCCUUUUAUACUUCGAAAACUUUUCUAAGACACUCAAAGACCUACACGAUUUGUCUUUAGAACUACUGUAGAUUUGUAUUAUAUUAAAUUGUAUUUAUUUCUUGGAAGGUACUUUCUUAGGUACUGAUUUAUUUUAAAGCUUUUAGUGUUUAACUGCCUCUCGUUUUUACCUCAUUGCUCGUAUUCAGAUUUAUUUAAAAAGAAAUGGACUCGUGCGACAUUUGCCGAAACAUUUGAUGCGAGUGGAACACGCCCAUGUUUAGUCUGCAUCCCCUUCAUUUAUCUUGUUGUUCACUAUGUUGAAUCGCUGUGAUUCUCACCUAUCCUCUAAUUAGAUAUCGUCUUCUCUUCUACGAUUAAGGUAUCUCUUCUACGAUAAGGUAAAGAAGUAAGCAUCUUCUUAGAUAGUGAUCCGAAUCACAGGCACGAUUCAGGGCAACAAACGUGUUGGUCGAAGAAAAGAAUACUAUGCCACAAAAGCUUUGAAAUAUAUUUAUAUUGAAGACAUCUCGUUGAUUUUAAACUUAAACCUCUUUUAUAUAGUUUCAUUUGAAAUCUAAUAAUUAAUAGUUAAUCAAUUAAAGAUUAUUUCACUACUUUCUUGCCUUCUUCUCAUUAGUGCUAACUGCUUUUAUUAUUUUUUUUUUUUUCUAUUUCUUAUUGCUCAGUUUUACUAAAAAGAUAUUCUUGUGCGCUUUUCAACCUCAUUUAACCUUAAAUAAUUAAGAAUGAAAUUGUGAACCUUGUUUUAAAUUCUUUAUAUGUGUUUUAAUGCUUUCUUUUACAUCCAUGUGCUUUGAAAAUUACUAUACCUCAAAGGCAAUAAAGUUUAUUUAAAAAUUAUUCAUGUAUAAUUAUUUGACAUAAAAAAUACAUUACGCUAUGGUUUUACCCUCUUGAUUGAAAAUGAAAAUUCUCAAUCCAAUAGUUUUAUCAUAAUGCAAUGAAAAUUAAAUAAGAAAAAAAACUUAUUAAAUGAUAAAUACCAUAAUAAAUCAUUUUGAAUAUAUUCCAACAGCAAUAUUUAGCUUAAUAAAUUGUCAUAAAUUUAUUUAUUGUUCUGAGAGUUAUGUUUCUUAUCAAUCGAAGUUUUAAAUGAGGUUUAUAACUUUGACAUUGUUGUUCUUUUACAUGACAUUAUGCUUCUGUUCUUACAUUUUUGUUUGCUUGCCCUCCACAGUUAAAAGCUUUACUACAUUAAUUGCAGUUUUUUUUAUAACGAUUGAGAGUUAUUUCUUCCAUUAUGUCUAGUCAACAAUUAGAAUCAAUUAGUAAAAGAAUCGAAUGUUCGAUAUUCUUCCAAGUGUUCACCAAAAUGUUUUGAAGAGAAAUCCACAAAAAAUUUAUAACUUACUUGUGAUUUUUGUGAGUAUCGUUGUUGAGUUUUUAUU